CCUCCCUCCAGCCCUGGGGUGGAGCCAAGGGGGCUGCUGCAGGAGCCGAAGCAGCGGUCCCCGAGGCUAUAAACCCGGCCGGCCCCUCUUGCCCGGCUCGGCAGCGAUGGGGGUGCUGCAACGCUGCCUGGCCCGGGGACAGUGGCGCUUGGGGAGCCUCCAGCCACUGGCCGUUGCGCCCUGCCUUCGCCUUCCCGGAGCGCGGCUGUAUGGCUCGGGCGUAGCUGAGCUGCAGGAGCGCACGCUGAUUGCGGUGAAGCCAGACGGGGUCCAGAGGAGACUGGUGGGAGACGUCAUCAAACGCUUUGAGAAACGGGGAUUUAAACUGGUGGGCCUCAAGUUGCUCCAGGCCUCCGAAGGGAUCCUGGCUGAACAUUACCACGAGCUGCGCCGGAAGCCAUUUUACCACGAGCUGCUUCAGUACAUGACCUCUGGGCCCGUUGUUGCCAUGGUGUGGGAAGGGUACAAUGUGGUCAAGACUUCCAGAGCCAUGGUGGGAGAGACCAACCCAGCUGAAGCCAAGCCAGGGACUGUCCGAGGUGACUUUAGCAUCCACGUGAGCAGGAACGUCGUCCAUGCCAGCGACUCGGUGGAGACGGCGCAGAGAGAAAUACGUCUUUGGUUUUGCAGCAACGAGCUGAUCAACUGGGACUGUUGUGAUCACAAGGUCAUGUAUGAACCAUGAUGUGGCCUCCCCCAUUUCCGGACAUGGGAUCUACUACCUCGGCUCAAUGGUUGCCUUUCUGGAGAAUCGGGUGUUUUCAGCCUGUGCAUCACAGGUUUAUAUCUUGGUGGUCUUGAGAGGAGGCAAGUCGCGUGCCAAGACAUUGCUCAAGGCAGGAGACUGUGCCAGGCUUCUCCCAAUGCCCAAAUUGCCCACUAUCCAGGACCGUGCUGUUAUUUUGGCUGGAAUAUUCAUUAAAAAGAAGUUGAUUUUAUUUUGGGGGUAUCUGUAA